AUUUAGACCAGCCCAUCUGUAUCCACGGCAACAGAAGCAGAAGUGUCACUGGCCGCCAGAUCACUGAGGGUCCCACAAUGUGGCCUGGGCUGUGAUUUAUCCUGGGCGAGACAGCUUGAGCCCCCUUCCUGGAUUCCAAGACAGACCUGCUGAGAGAGUCCAGGUGCAGCCCAGCAGGACAACUGAUGGAGUCCCCCAGGGCCCAUCAAGUACCGGACUGGCUGACCCCCUAGGGUUGGGAGUAGCCCUUGCCCCUCAGUAUGGCCAACACCACCGGAGAGCCCGAGGAGGUGAGCGGCGCACUGUCCCCGCCGUCAGCAUCGGCUUACGUGAAGCUGGUGCUGCUGGGACUGAUCAUGUGCGUGAGCCUUGCGGGCAACGCCAUCUUGUCCCUGCUGGUGCUCAAGGAGCGUGCCCUGCACAAGGCUCCUUACUACUUUCUGCUGGACCUGUGCCUAGCUGAUGGCAUACGCUCUGCCGUCUGCUUCCCUUUUGUGCUGGCUUCUGUGCGCCACGGCUCCUCAUGGACCUUCAGUGCACUGAGCUGUAAGAUUGUGGCCUUUAUGGCUGUGCUCUUUUGCUUCCAUGCGGCCUUCAUGCUGUUCUGCAUCAGCGUUACCCGCUACAUGGCCAUUGCCCACCACCGCUUCUACGCCAAGCGCAUGACACUCUGGACAUGCGCAGCUGUCAUCUGCAUGGCCUGGACUCUGUCUGUGGCCAUGGCCUUCCCACCCGUCUUCGACGUGGGCACCUACAAGUUUAUCCGGGAGGAGGACCAAUGCAUCUUUGAGCAUCGCUACUUCAAGGCCAAUGACACGCUGGGCUUCAUGCUUAUGUUGGCCGUGCUCAUGGCAGCCACACAUGCUGUCUAUGGCAAGCUGCUCCUCUUCGAGUACCGUCACCGCAAGAUGAAGCCAGUGCAGAUGGUGCCAGCCAUUAGCCAGAACUGGACAUUCCAUGGCCCUGGGGCCACAGGCCAGGCUGCUGCCAACUGGAUCGCCGGCUUUGGCCGUGGGCCCAUGCCACCAACCCUGCUGGGUAUCCGGCAGAAUGGGCAUGCGGCCAGCCGGCGGCUGCUGGGCAUGGACGAGGUCAAGGGUGAAAAGCAGCUGGGUCGCAUGUUCUACGCGAUCACACUGCUCUUCCUGCUCCUCUGGUCACCCUACAUCGUGGCCUGCUACUGGCGAGUGUUUGUGAAAGCCUGUGCUGUGCCCCACCGCUACCUGGCCACCGCUGUUUGGAUGAGCUUCGCCCAGGCUGCUGUCAACCCAAUCGUCUGCUUCCUGCUCAACAAGGACCUCAAGAAGUGCCUGAGGACUCAUGCCCCUUGCUGGGGCACAGGAGGUGCCCCGGCUCCCAGAGAACCCUACUGUGUCAUGUGAAGCAGGCGGGUAGGCAGACAGGCAGGGAAAAGGUCAUGGCCACCAUGGUGGGGCCAACAACAAGGGAGGGGUGGGGCCCCAUACAGGAGCCUUCUUUUCUGAGCUCCAGCCCCAGCCCCUCGAACCACCCAUAAUCCAGGCACCUUUGCCAAUACCACCCUAGGGUGGGGGACUGGGAAAGAGGCAUCCUAGUUUUGUGGGGCCUGUCUCUGCAGCCUCCUUCUCUACUUCUACAGUCUCUCUCUCUCUCUCUCUCUCUCUCUCUCUCUCUCUCUCUCUCUCUGACAAUUCA